AUCAAAGUUGUGGCGCAUUUAAGCGAGCGGUUUGCUUUAACAGUCUCCUUUCUUUCUUUCCCUCCUGCUGCUGCAGUUUUACUCUACGUGCUUCCGUCGGAUGUUUUAUAAUAUUUUUUAAAAUAAAUUUGACACUAGAUGCAUCAAAGUAUAAACUUGUAACUCCACAAUCAAAAUUAAGUUGUAUCGAGGAGACGAGCAAGAUCAAAAACAUUAUCAUCACAACUCGUCACGGAAUCCGUCCUCAGAAUCAGAAUGGUGUCCAUCCGAAAAAUGCGCAUGGUCGACCUGACCUCCGUCCAACACGUGAAUUAUGUCUGUCUUGCUGAAAAUUUCCGUUUUAAGUAUGCCAUGUAUCACUUGCUGGCAUGGCCUCAAAUCUCAUUUGUCGCGGAAGACGUCGCGAAAGGGACAAUCAUCGGUUAUUGUCUCGCCAAAAUGGACGAAGACGAUUUUGAAGUUCGCCCCUUGGGAUAUAUAACGUCACUCGCGGUGCAUAGGCAAUAUCGCCGUCGAGGAAUUGCGACUCUGCUUAUGGAACAAACGAUUCAGGCAAUGAUUUCAGUUUUCAACACGCCAGAAGUAACUCUUCACGUCCGUGUUACCAACGCGCCCGCGAUCGUGCUGUACACGAAGAUGAACUUUAAGGAAGUGUGUCGCGACCCCCGAUACUAUUUUGACGGGGAGGACGGAAUUCUUAUGAAACUCGAUCUACUUCAAUACGCGCUCUUGCGUGGGGUCCAGCCUGCCGAUAGGGGCACGUUCUUUCUGAAGAUCGAUUUAAAAAAGAUGAUCAGACAACAGGAUAGUCUGAAAUCUGAUGAUUCGUUCGUGGCAGAGGAACUAGAGAAGUUGAGUCUUCAAAUGAAAGAAAACGAUAGGAAGAAGCAAGCUGAGGCAAAUUGUGAGUUCGGGCCGAAAGCUUCCACUUCCUCUGACGCCUUAAAAGCGAUGAGAUCUGAAGCGUCAUCCCCUUCAUCGAGUACAACGUCGACGCCAACAUCAACACCAACGUCGACCGCAACGACAACGAAGCGGACACGGUCUGAAGCGGAGGCUGCAGGAGCUGCGAGAUGGAAAGCUCGAAAGGAAGAUAGAAGGAAUAAACGCAAGUGUAAAGAAUCUGGUCAGGACGAGACCCCAAACCGGAAACCCGAUCCUGAUGAUGAGCCCGACGAGGGUGCGACAGGAUGUUCUUCUCCUCGUGUGCCAUAGAUUUGACUAUUUUACGAAAAAACGGAAUUGAAUUUUAACUUGGAUAAGGACAGGUUUUAAUACUGAUUUUAAUUUAUAUUUAUUUUAAUAAUUUUAUCACUUAUAAUAACACAAUCAAUUUACAACUUAAGAUUUAUUUUUAUUAUUUCAUCUAUUAUAAUGAUACACAAUCAAUUUAUAAUUUAAUAAUUCCAAUGUGUUUUUAAAAUACUUUUUUAUACAAGAUUUAAUGUAAUAAAUAAUUUCAAUCGUGCCAUUCUGCACAAUAUUCCUAAAUUAA